AUGACCGAAAAUUUACGUGGCAUUUCAAUGUCACGAUUAGGCGGACUAUUUUUAUCAUCGUCGGAAGGUUUUAAAAAGCAAACCUUUCGUAUCGACUUUUUACUGCCAAAAAUUAAAAGAUUUUUACAAACUUAUCUUCCGCAAAUUGCAUCAGUUCCAAAAGUUUCAUGGCACUAUAAUGCUCGUUGUAGAACUUGUGAAUUCGUAGAUGAUUGUCGUGAAGAAGCUAAAGUGACAAUAGCUAUGAUCCCAUAUUUGUCAAUAGGGGAUGCAUCAUAUCUGAAACAGGCCAUUCGAAAUGUGAAGAAUAAAGAUAAGUUAUUGAAGGAAAAUGGUGAUACAGACAUUGAAGAUUUGUGUAAUGGUUUUAAAAAAUUUACCAUUAGCGGCAGGAAUGAAAUAGUUAAUAGUAGCAGUAAUGAAACAGUAAAAGAUGAACCAGGUUAUAAAGAUCUGACUGAUUAUGUUAGCAAUCCUAUAAUUAAUGACGAGGAUACGAUGAAUGUCAAUAGAAAAAUUAAGCAGAUUAUUAGAUAUGAUAAUGAUCGUAAUAGCUCGCCUUAUUUUGAUGCAUAUAAAACAGGCGAUGUCCAAUUUAUUGGCACCCCAACUGCAACUUUUCCUCAGCAAACCGAUCAUAAUCUCGUAAUCGCAAUGUCAUCAGACCCUUUUGUCUUAUAUCCUUUUGGUUGGGCUAUAUGCCUUUAUGCCAGUGAUGGAAGCAUCAUAGAAGAAUUUCGACACGCUGAAUCUGUUUAUAAAUAUAACGAUGAAGCCUUACCAACAUUUAUCUCAUUGAUGGAUAAAUUUUUAACGUAUUUAGAAGAGAUAUUCAAAUAUCUAUCCAUGAACAAAUCUAGAGCAUGUAUAUUUGUUUAUUCUGAACAAGAAAAAAUUGCAAUGCAAGACUCUUUGAUCGAGCUAAUAACAUUGAAUUCUGACAAAAUUUCUGAAGACAUUCAGCAUAAAGCAAUGCAAUGUCUAUUUAAUCUUUUUGAAGAUUGUUCUCUUUUGUUAGCCGUCGGAAGUGACGAAAGUGAAAAUUCAAAACUUCCCGAUGAGUGGAGAGAGUUUCCUAGACUUAUUGUUCUAGAACACUCUGUAAAGGAAAAUAUUGCAAUCCGUGUUCCCGGUUUUUAUAGGGUCUUUGACAUUUGGGAACACAUGGUAAAACCCGUUUUGAAAGAUAACCAAGAUUUAUUGGACAAUUUGGAUCCUCAUAUCUCUAAUAUUGAUCUUGAAGACAUUCAUUCUAAGUGGGUUUCCGAAAAUGUGAAUGAAGACGAGAUUAAUAAAUUUCAUUUAUUCAGAUCUGAAUUUGUUAAUACGGUUAUUCAAGCCUAUUAUACUCUUCUUCAAAAAUCAACAAAUAAUAUUGCAUCAAUAUUAAUAUUUUCUCCUCAA